CUUCUUUUCUCUCGCACAAACCCCCAUACGCAAACCGCCAUACAUUUUUCCAUCGUUAUCUUCGUUUUUCUCAUACUUCUUAUCUAAGAUUUUUUUUUACCACCGCCUUCCCUCUCCAAUGCAAGAAACCCUUAUCCGCUGCUGCGUUCUUUUUCACGUAGGUCUCAAAUUCCUCCCAUCAUAUUCCGCCGCAACCACCGUUAUUGUUCUUCAAUCAGCUUCUUCUUCCGUUCAGAUGAAGAAGGUGGAUCUGUUGUGGUUGUUUCCGGGUUUAUGAAAUCGAAGUACACACCUGAAAUCGGCGUCAAGAGGCUGCGGUGGUGAGGAGCAUCUGUAGUGAGGGAGCAGAAUUUCGACUCUGAAAUUGAGAUUAAGGGUUUAGGUGUUAGUCUAGGGUUUCGUUGAUGGGUAAAAGAUCGAAGGCAUACCAGAACCCAAAAAGUGGCAGUCAAAAAUCGUUGAUAGAUGUUUCAGAUGUACUCAUCGUCAGACCAGUCACCACCGCCUACGUCUUUUUAUCUAGGGUUCGUCAAUCAAAUUUCAAUCUGAAGGGAUUUUUUCUCAAGGGUGGUGGAUCUCUAAAUUUGUUGUUUCCAAGUCAAGCAUCGACAUUUCAAAAUCAAAGAGGGCAGUUGAUGGAGUUUGGAAUAGUAUGGUACAAGUUUCGUAGAAGUUACUUUUUGGACUUUGUGACGUUGGUUUGA